AUGAUAACCAGGACGACGGUACUAGGACUACUGCUGCUGCUGUUGAUCGUUGGACCAGAGCGAUCAACGUGCAUGUUCCGUGCAAUGGCGCGAUCAGCGAAGGGCAACGGCGAGACCGCUUUACGAAUGCUACACCAAAUGAUGAUGCCGACCAAACAACCUCCGCAAAUAAUUGAGACGGAUUUUGGGCGUGCUAUCAGCAGCAGCAACAGCGUCAAUACAAAACCAACAAGACCCUGA